AUGAUCAACGCAGUGAUGCUGACGUGGGCCGUAGCGCUGUGUAGUCUGGUGACGUUGGGAAGAGCGGCUUCUUCACUGCCUGGUAGUAGUAGCAGCAGCGGCAGCAGCAGUAGCAGCAGUAGUAACAUCGAUAGUAGCAGUAGUAGUAACAGCUUUCCGGUGUUUGGCACUAAACGAUACACUCGUUCUAAUUUGAUCCCCUCGAAUGAGUACGGUGGACAGGGUCUGUCGGUGCCGGUGUACCACUUGCCAAAUGCCCGGUACUACGACGCACAGGUACCGGCCCAGUACUUCCCGUACGCACCGUAUCAAUCACCAACCACCAACGACUACUAUGACGAUGCCGGAUAUUACGGAGACACCGGUAAAAGCUACUACUAUCUGCCACAGCCACAACACCGCCGGUAUCAGCGUAACAACGAGCGCUACACAUCGUACGGACUGCCCACGUAUCGAGGCGAGUACAAACCGACACCGUACUACUACGCACACGGACCCAGCUACAGCUACUCCGAUGACCACGAGUCAAGCAAUCCGCUCGACGAUCUGCACGAGGAGAUGCUGCAGGAAGACGAACGGGAACGGGCGCGUGAUUACUAUCCCGUCGGGCAGGAGCAAUGGUACGAAAGCCCGUCGCGUCCCGAUUCGGCCUUCCUGCGCAAUCUCAUCCUGUACAAUAGCCAGCUGCAGAACUUUGGGCGCGGUAGACAACUACCACCCCUGGACAUGUCGAAUGAGGAAGACUUUGAGGAGUACGAUGAUGCCGAGCCUGAUUAUGAGUAUGAUGUGCCGAUCGCUGACACUCGUCCGAGCUAUGGUAAUUUCUACGGCAAUGGAUAUCGACCUGAGAGCUUACCUGCUUAUGCACCGGCGGGAGUCGGGUCUGCAAGUAGUCGGAACACAUUUAGCAAACUAAACAGCUUCCGCAAUAGCAUGGCAAAGAAUCAAAUCGACGAGGAUGAUGAGGAGGUGGCGGAACUGAAGUCACUCAUACAUCAGCAGAAGAACAGCCAGCGAUUGCCACCCAUGUUGAUGGACAAGAUGGCUCCCUUCGUCUUGAAGCAACAGCAGCAAUAUCCGGCAGCACCGAAACCACCGCAACAUCAACCCCAGCCUCAGCAAGUACAUCAGCGACAAUCCAAGCAGCAGUACCAACAGCUGCAACCACAACAACAAACGCAACAGCGACAGAAGGAACUGCAGCAACAGCAGCAACUUCUCCUACAACAACAACAACAGCAGCAGCAGCAGCUGGAAGCUCAGCAGCAACUUCAAAAGGAACAGAAGCAACAGCAACUACUCCGUACGCUUUCCUCCGACUAUCAACCAACGUACGAGACGGACAACUGGCCGAAGGAUAGCCCCAGCUACAAUGCGUACGAUUACGAUGCCGACGAGUACGACGAUUCCUGGACCCACUGGGACCGCAAGCGUAACGUUCAGCCGAAGAAGGCCACCUUCUCCUCGACCACCAGCAAAACGACCACGCAGACAACGACGAAGAAACCGAAAACGGUCAGCCCCAGCACAACCAGCGCACCGGCGCCAGCAAAACCAGCGACACCAUCGACGAAGGCGGGCAGCGGUCAGAAGGAGGUGGUACUGCCAAGACCCACCAACCCGAGAAAUCUAUUCGCUGCCAACCUGAUCCAGGCCGUGGACGAAUCGCGGAUGCAGAUGGGUAUGCCCAAGGGGGAUGAUGGUUCCAAGCAGAAAGAGCCCAAAACUAGCAAGAUCUACGAUGCGCUCAGGGCUAUGAUGAACAUGAAACAAGAUUCUGAGGAUGCUGAUCUUCGCCAGCAGCUAGAACAUCAGAAGCAGCUUGCCCACAUUCACAAGCGGUUCGUCUCGAACGAGGAAUCGCUCGUGCAGCAGCUGGACGGCUUGAAACGGGCGGCUUAAGUGAAUCCAGCAGCAUAAACGCACCGCAUCAACGUACUAAGUGAGUUUUGAUUUUAUGUUGGGUAGGAGGGGGCCUUUUCUCAUUAAAAAUAGCUGAAUUUCUCAUCGGUCAAGACUUUACUUUUAACAAACUGCUCAAAAAUUCUAUGGUUUUGUUAUGAAUCGUUAAUGCCUGAACAUUUUGUAUCUUUGUUUCACACACUAAACAGUAUUGCGUCGAAUGUAACACUGGUAGAACAAUUCUGCUAUAUUAGUUAACGGAAGCAUUGUGGAUAUAGUUGAUGCAGGAUUAAAAGAAAAAAAAACGCAAACAAAAAAGGUUGAGACUGAAAUCUUGUAUAUAUGGAGUAGCAAACAACACUAUACAGGCUGCAAACAGCCAAUUAUACCAAGUUCGCAAAGCGAACGCCAGGCGGCGCUAGUCACAGCGGGAGAUAGAUUCUUGUUAUACAUAUUUAUACAGGCCGCAUGUGAUUGAAGCAGGUGUUUUGGGUGGGUUGAAGCAACAAUACGGUGAAAACGGCCACCCUAUGGCCCAGUUGUACUAUUUACUUUCCCAAACCCCAAAAAGUGACCAUACCACUCCGCGCGCAAAAAAAAAACCCUCCGCUGGCGACUAGCAACUGUGUAAGUUGGGAUUAACAGUGCCUACCCCUAGGGGGGACGGACUGGGAUCGUUACUUUUUUUUGACGAU